UGUGUGAAGGUAUUGAUUGCAACUCUGCGAAGCUCGUCAGCUUGUGACAUGUGAGCUAAAUAUUGCGUCAAACGACAUCUGUUCGUCCCAAUCAGCCAAAUAGUGAAAACAAUUAUUUACUCUUGGCCCACCGGUGUUGAACAGCCGAAUAACGUAAUCAAGUAUUUACAUUUCAAUUGUGCAACUGGACGCUUUCGUGGAAAGGGCUUUCCUAAGCCAGGACUGUGUGUUUUUGUAUUGGCAGUCAUCUCUGCCAUGUGAGCGAGAUGUUUUGAUGAACAGUGGUGUUCUUGACGUAGCAUUCAAGAUCAGUCCCUCCUACUUAAAGGACCGAUUUUUCUUGAACUUCUUCAAAACAAGUCAUAUUCUCACCGGAAAUGUGCACGUUAAUGGAUUUCUGUUGAUGCUUGUUUCUGCCGCCUGUCUUCCUUUGUUUACGUCGACUAUGGAGACCGCUCAGGUGACUUUGGCUGUGAGGGGAGAAACAACCCCAGGGGAGGUGAUUGCUGUUGUCGGUAACUGUGAAGCCCUGGGAUGCUGGAACCACCAGAAAGCUGUGACCUUACAUCCUGAUGGGAAUGAUGGAAAUACGUGGACUACAACCAUCACUGUGCCUAAAGGGGUUGUGUUCAAGUACCGCUAUCUCAAAGGCUUAUUUCUGGAGUCAAAGAGUGCAGGUGGUCCCUGCCAAGUGAUAGUCAAUAAGUGGGAGACCCAUCAACAGCCCCGCACGAUGAGCCCCACAGCAUCAUACCAGAAUACCGAUGAUGGACAAUUUGGAAUGUACAAUGGAGUGAAUUGUGUUGACUCUGGGUGGCUCACAUGCCAGACAGAGAUCCGCCUGCGUCUGCACUUUUCUAAAACGUCUCCAGUGUCUAUCACUAAGAAGAAAUUCAAGAAGUCUCGCUUCAGAAUCAAGCUGACUUUGGAGGGCGUCGAGGAGGAGGAGGAAGAUGAGGAGGAAGAUGAAUCCAGUCCAUCUUGGCACAAGAUGACCCCAACUCUAGAGACCAGUAUGAUCAGUGCCAACGGCUAUAAAUCGCGCCACUCACAGCCUGAAUGUGGGUAUGCACUGGAGCCCUCUCAGUGGACUGAGUACAUUAUCCACACCAUGGACCCAUACAACCUAGAGCUCAUUUUUGAGUUCUUUGAGGAGGAUCUAGGUGAGCAUGUAGUCCAAGGGGAUGCUCUCCCAGGAUUUGUAGGCACAGCUUGCCUUCUCUCUUCCACUUUCUCGGAGAGUGGAAAGGACAACGGAAUAGUCACACUUCCAAUAAUAGCUCGAAAUUCCAGACCGACCAUUGGAAAAGUCAGAGUGGACUACCUGGUGAUCCGGCCCAUCCAGGGGUUCCAGUGUGACAUGAGCUCCUCCUUCACCAAGUACUGGAAGAAGAGAAGUACUCUGGAUGUGGGCCACAGGGGAGCUGGCAGCACACAUGCAGCCAAGCACCACAGAGUGAGGGAGAACACAGUAGCCUCAUUCAAAAGUGCUGCCACGCAUGGUGCAGCCUUUGUAGAGUUUGAUGUACACCUCUCCAAGGAUUCUGUUCCCAUUGUAUACCAUGAUCUGACGUGCUGCAUAUCUACUAAGAAGAAAAAUGACAAGACAUCUCUGGAGCUUAUCGAGGUGCCAGUCAAAGACUUGACAUUUGAUCAGCUUCAGCUACUGAAGCUGGCCCAUGUCACUGCACUGAAAGACAACCAUGAUUUGAUGGAUGAUGAAGAGGAAAUCGAUGAGCAUCAGCCAUUCCCCUCACUCUCUCAGAUCUUCCAUGCUAUUCCAGAGCAUGUGGGCUUCAACAUCGAGCUCAAAUGGAUCUGCCAGAUGAAGGACGGGUCAUGGGACGGCAACCUGUCAUCCUACUUCAACAUGAAUACCUUCCUCGACAUUAUCCUGUCCUGUGUUCUAGAAAAAGGUGGAAAAAGACGCAUUGUCUUCUCCUGCUUUGACCCAGACAUCUGCACCAUGGUGCGUCAAAAACAGAACAAGUACCCCAUCCUCUUCCUGACUCAGGGAAUUUCACUGAAGUAUCCUGAACUGAUGGACAUCCGCUGCCAGACCACUCAAAUCGCCAUAAGUUUUGCCCAGAGUGAGAAUAUUCUGGGGAUCAGUGCACACACUGAGGAGCUGCUAAAGAACCUCUCCUACAUUGGGGAUGCCCAGUCUAAAGGCCUGGUGGUGUUCAGCUGGGGAGAUGACAACAACGAGCAUGACAUCAGAAAGAAGCAGAGAGAGCAGGGAAUUGAUGGGCUCAUCUAUGAUAGCUACAAACUCUGCUUGUUACCCAUCACCCUGACCCACAAUGCAACUGUAGAUUCUCUGUUAAGCCUGUUAAGCCAGCCAUUAAGCACGCUUUCACUUUCAUAAAUUUGAUUACUGCAUUCACAACAGUGCUCCUUGUUAUGUCACUGUACGAUUACAAGGUCUUUCUUAUCAGCACAGCUCUUCAGGGUUCAAGGUUAUGUCAUCAAACACUGGCAGACAUGCUAAUCACUUGGCAUCUGCUGUAGCAGUUCAUGAAAAUGGUUUUAUUAUUCAUUGACAAUCUUUUUUUCUAUGAUAGUGGUACACUGGUACAUCACAUGGGCCAGUACUGUUACAUAAAGCCUGGGCUGCUAGCACGUUGAGAGUUUCCUCUGGCCUCACCAAAGCUGCAUGGUCAGCAGGGACUGUUUGUUCAGCCGUUUCAGUUCUGUGUUUCACUAUACAGUGACAUUUGCUCUAUAUUUGUGGUUGCUGUUUGGCCCAAACAUGUACAGACCCCUACAGAAAGAAGUCCAUAGGCUUUGACCCGGUUUUACAACUGUACAGUCCCAGGAGUUUCCAGAUGUCACUUUAUUUGACAUCCCCAGGUUGUUGUCAUAACUGUGCCUCUUUCUUCCAGAAUUUGUGAAUGCUUGGUGCCAUAUUUUGACUCAAGUUCUCCAGAUUCCCGUAAUGUCUCUCUGGUUCCUGGCUGUGUUUUGUUCAUUACUCACUCUACACGCCUGGCUAUUUUGGUUCCCUUCUCUUACUCCGCACGAAUUAAAUAUUGUUCAAUGACAAUGAUGCAAGACGGUUGACUUGUCACAUGUCCCACCUCUUAAUAUUACAGCACUUGACAUUUCAAUAGCAAUGAUCUUGUUUUAUCUGUUUGGAUUGUACUAAACACGGUUGUUUGAUUGGUCAACUGCCAUGUUUAUCAUUUUUGGGGGCUUCUGUCUGUCCCUAGGUGACAGCUGAUGAAGGUCACUUCCUUUUUUUAAUGCCUGUGUAUUGUUUUCAAGAUGCCUUUGAAGCCCCCCUUAUCUCGUGCUUGACAUGAUACUUCAUGAUAUUCUAUUUAAUUUUUAAAGCAGCAGAGGCAACAAGAGAGAGUGGCGUGUUGAAUGCAUGAAGUCGUGUUAUAUGAGAUUGGCUUCUGCAUGAACCAGAAAUAUUUCAAUAUUUGCAUUUUUACUGCUAGUUUUAAUAUAAUUUUUGUUAAAGCCAAUGUAUGCAAGUCUUGUAGCACCAAACCAUCAUAACAACCAUGCAUACCCACUCCAUCGUCAUGAAAGUGAAUGGAAUGGAUGGACUUAAAUCAUGCUGAUUCAAGAGAACACUGUUCUAGAACUGCAGUUUGGUUUCUUUACAAAAGGGGUGAUUGCACUGGAGACUCUUUGUAGGAUUGAAAAUUAGUUGUUGCUCUGCUCUCCUUUGGUGACGCAUCCAGUGGUCUGUCUCAUGAUAUCAGUUGCACAGAUCAUCAGAUCACAACAUCAUCUUUCUUGAGAAUCUUUGCAAUCUUGUAUUGCUGUAUUAUGAGCUACAUCCUGUCACAUUCUUUCUAUGAGUGUGUUCCUUUUAAAAUAUGGUAUUUGUAUUUAGCAGACUUUUUUCCUUUGAGUUAACCCUCCCAGACAGAUGGUACUCUCAAUCUGAGCAGUUGAGAGAGGUGAGAAUCUGAGAUCUGAGACCUUCCACUCUUGUGGUUAAUACUUGCGGGCCUUGAACCAAUCCAAAAGCACUGGUUGAUAUGCAGACUCUGUAUAGAUACUGAGGUACAGUGUGGGAAAAGCUACACAGACAAAUCUCCACACAUGUUUGCAGGUCACUUCACGCAUUUGCAGAUCUCUGCCAUGGCAG